AUGGCCUUGGGUGACCGAGACCAUUUGGCCAUGACCAACCGAGCACUAGACUGUGCGCACGGGGUGUCUCUAACAGCCCUAUGCGGUCACAUUCGACUCGAACAUGAACAACCAAAACAAGGUAGCACGCACCACUGGCUCCGUGUGCACAUUGACGAAACAAAUGUCUCUCCUGUUUUCGUCGACGUUUGUGUCGCCCCUGGUGUCAAUGCCAGCCCCACCGUGUUUAGUAUAGUGGGGGGCGCAGACUUAGAGGCGAUGGUCGUUCACCCUACUGCUUAUGCCCGUGCAGACCCUGGUCAUGCAAGCCAUCUAGAUCAUGGGGGACUACUCCAGCCCAUAUUUUCCAAACUCCCCGCGGCUGGCAUCAACGGCAACCACGAAGUGAUCCAAUCCUGCACGGGCUACAGCCAUGAAAACUACCUCGACUACCUCAACCGAGCUGCCACCCCCAUCACGCAGGCCAACCCAACAAUGUCAGCAUGUACUACUCGAUCCACUUUGGGCUCCUGCACAUUGUCUUUCUCGACGACUACACGGAUGCGCCAAGCGCAGGUGGACUGA